UCGGUUGAACAUUGGAAAAGUCAGCAAUGAUUUUCGGCAUGAGGUAAAACCUGUUUACAUUAUUAACAUUUAACCAACACUGCAUUUUUCCUGAAACUUAACCACACUGCUUUUGUUCAUGUGCUGGACUCAGGAUGAACUGGAAAAUUUAGUUGCAGUGCAUGUGAUAAAGGGUGGCAGUGUGACAGAAGUGCUGUGCUCUUUCAGAGCUCCACCUAUUGUAUGACUCACCUGAGACACACCAGGAAAUGCAGUUUGUUGACUUUGCUUGCCGGCGAGAAACUAAGACCAUAAUAUUCACCUUCAGACCAACAUUGCUGACAGAGGAGAGCUUCAGGAGGGAAUGCUGGGAGUAAUGGGAUAUGUGGAAUGCUGCUGACACCUCAAACGGAAUAAGGGUUUUCUGAAAAACAUUCCCAGUUUGAAGUGGAAGUUACUUUGACAGAGUUUUCUAGAGAAAGGAGUGGCAUCAUCUCCUGUCUGCCUGCUGGGUUUUCAGCUUCACACAGAGGAGAAUGUCUUGUCGGCUGGAGGAGGAUUUCUGCUGCCCUGCUUGCCAUGACAUCUUUAAAGAGCCUGUCCUCCUGUCAUGUAGCCACAGCUUCUGUAGGGCCUGUCUGCAGAGCUGGUGGACGGAGAAACAGUUCCAAGAGUGUCCAGUUUGUCGGACAGUAUCUCGGAGCAGUGAUCCACCUCGUAACUUGGCGUUAAAGAACCUGUGUGAGGCCUUUUUACGAGAGCGAGGUCAGGAAGCAGCUGUGACACUGCACUGCCGUCUGCACUCUGAAAAGCUCAAACUCUUCUGCCUGGACCAUCAGCAGCCGGUGUGCAUCGUCUGUCGGGACGCAAAAAUACACAGCGACCACAGGUUCAGACCCAUCGAUGAAGCUGCGCAGGAUCACAGAGAGGAGCUCCAGAAAUCCCUGAAGCCCUUACAGGACAAGUUAAAGGUUUUUAAUGAAGUUAGAGUGAACUUUUAUCAAACAGCACAACACAUGAAGGUCCAGGCCCGACGCACAGAGAGGAGGAUUAAGGAGCAGUUUAAGAAGCUUCACCAGUUUCUAGAAGAGGAAGAGGAGGCCAGGAUGGCUGCACUGAGGGAGGAAGAGGAGCAGAAGAGUCAGGUGAUGAAGGAGAAGAUGGAGGUUCUGAACAGAGAGACAGCAGCUCUUUCAGACACAGUCAGAGCCACAGAGGAUGUGCUGAGAGCUGAAGACGUCUCAUUCCUGCUCAACUACAAGGCUGCAGUGGACAGAGUCCAGCAGCGCCCCCUGCUGGAUGAUCCACAGCUGCCCUCAGGAGCUCUGAUAGACGAGGCCAAACACCUGGGCAACCUGAGCUUCAACAUCUGGAACAAGAUGAAGGACAUGGUCUCCUACACGCCCGUAGUUCUGGACCCAAACACUGCUCAUCCAGAACUCGUCCUGUCUGAGGAUCUAACCAGUGUGAGACAUGGAAAGUUACAGCAGCUUCCCGAAAACCUAGAGAGGUUUGCGUACUGGGAUUCUGUCUUGGGCUCCGAGGGCUUUAACUCAGGGACUCACAGCUGGGACGUCGAGGUCGGAGGCAACAAAGACUGGGAGCUGGGGGUGUUGGCAGAGUCUGUGUGUAGGACAGAAUUCACAGGGUCUACAGUCUGGAGUGUAGACUUCAAUGAUGUCGGCUACAGAGCGUACUCGCCAACACAGAAAUACACUCCUCUCCCAUUCAGAGAGAAGCUCCAGAGGAUCAGGGUCCAUCUGGACUGGGACGGAGGAACGCUGUCAUUCUCUGACCCUAAUACUAACACACACAUACACACCUUCACACACACUUUCACUGAGAAACUUUGCCCAUACCUUUCCACCAGGAAGGCAAUUCCUCUGAAGAUACUGCCUGUAAAGAUUUCUGUAAGAGUGGAAGGUUAGAGAUGAGUUAGGUCAGGGUCUGCAAUGUUUUUCAAGCCAAGGACCCCUUAGCUCAAAGACACACGGAGCACGGACCCCCUGCCACAGACAGUGCACUGUAUAAAGCUGAGCUGCACUUAACAUAAUUCUCUGAAUGUCUUCGCAGUAGUUGUAGCAUGGCUAGGUGCAUUAGCAUCACCCUCUGCACUUUGAGGAAGGAUGGCUGGGCUCAACCUUAGCUCUGAGGUGAGAAGCUCAGACAUCUGGAGGGAGUAGAGCCGCUGCUCUUUUGUGUUGAAAGGGGUCAAUUGAGGUGGUUUUCAUCUGAUCAGGAUCCUCCUGGGUGUCUCAUGUUAGAGGUGCUCCAGGCAUGUCUAACUGGUAGGAGGUACUGGGGCAGACCCAGAACACCCUAGAGGGAUUAUAUAUCUCAUCUGGCCUGGGAACGCCUCGGGAUCCUCCAGGAGGAGCUGGAAAGUGUUGCUGGGGAGAGGGACGUCUGGGGUUCUUUGCUCAGCCUGCUGCCCCCGAGACUCAGCCCUGGAUGAAAAUGGAUGGAUGGAUUAAAUCUGAGGUUGCAAGUCUUGGUGUGAUCCUAAAUUAAGAUCUAAGCUAAGAUAAGAUAAAUGCCCUAUUAAGCAAGGUGACAAAAACAUCAUUUUUUCGUCUCAGAAACAUUGCCAAGGUACGACCAUUUCUAAAUGAAACAGACGCUGGGAAACUGAUUCAUGCCUUUAUUUCUCUGCAACUCGACUACUGUAACGCACUUUUUACUGAGAGACUUCAGCUCAUUGAAAACUCUGCAGCUCGGCUAUGAGCCAGAACCAAGAGGAGAGAGCACAUCAGGCCAGUCUGAGCUGCUCUGCACUGACUUCCUGUUACAUUUAGAAUUGAUUUUAAGCUCCUCCUCCUUGUAUACAAACUAACUCUGUUGUUAACUGUUUGCCUACAAGAACACUGCGAUCAUCUGCUGCUGGUUUACUGGGAGAAGAUCAGGGGAUACAGCCUUUGUCAGUUAU